AUGAGGUUCCCACCUGGACUAUCUCCUCCAUCUCCUGCUCAUGUUUGUCGACUUAGAAAAUCACUGUACGGCCUCAAACAGGCUUCUCGUCAGUGGUAUGCACGUUUGUCUUCUGCUUUGGGAACCAGAGGUUUCACUUCCUCCCUUAAUGACUACUCCCUUUUCUUCAAAGUAUCUGGGGAUUUGAUAACCAUUCUUGCGGUUUACGUGGAUGAUGUCUUGAUCACUGGUAAUAAUCAAGCAGAAAUCAAUGAGAUCAAACAUUUUCUUGACAUGGAAUUUAAAAUAAAGGAUUUGGGGUUGGCACAUUAUUUCUUGGGUUUAGAAUUGAUCAGGGAAUUAGGAGGUUUAAUUGUCACACAAAGAAAGUUUGCUUUAGAGUUACUUACAUAUUUUGAUUGCUUGGAUGUUCGACCAGCUUCUUCUCCAUUGGAUCCUGCCAUUAAGCUUUCUUCCAGUUGUGGUGAACCUCUCCCUGAUCCGACUGUUUACCGACAUCUUUUGGGCAAGCUGAAUUUUUUAACUAGCACACGUCCAGACCUUUCUUUUACUGUGCAAACUCUCAGUCAGCAUAUGCAAUCUCCCUAUACUGGACAUUACCAAGCAGCAUUGCAUGUUUUGUGUUACAUUUCCAAGGAUCCAGGUCUUGGUUUGUUCAUGUCUUCUGAACCUUCAUUUGAACUCUUAGCUUUCUGCGAUGCCGACUGGGCUUCUUGCUCUAAUACACGCCGUUCAGUGAGUUGGUUUUUCUUAAGUCUUGGUGGUUUCCCCAUUUCAUGGAAAUCUAAGAAGCAACAGGUAGUCGCUCUUUCUUCCGCAGAAGCUGAAUACCGUUCAAUGCGCCGAUUAGCUGCUGAAAUAACUUGGGUGGUCCGAUUGUUGCACGACCUAUCUGUUGUGCCCUCUUUGCCGGUUCCUCUUCAUUGCGAUAACCAAGCCGCCAUCCACAUAGCAAAAAAUCCCGUCUUUCAUAAACGGACCAAGCAUAUAGAGCUUGAUUGUCACUUCGUUCGUGAAAAACUUCUGGAUGGGUUGAUCUCUUUGUCUUUUGUUCCUUCUUCUUCUCAAAUAGCCGAUCUUUUUACAAAAGCACUAGCUGGUCCUUUGCAUAGAUCUUUUCUGGGCAAGCUUGGAGUCCGAUCACCGGUGUCCAGCUUGAAGGGGGGUGUUGCCGGACAAAAUCCUCAUUCUACCAUUUCCGACGAGUCUCCGAUUACAGAAGGAGAAAGAGACGUGAUCUAG